UAUCGGGAGUGCCACUACUGCUGUUAAACCAACCGAUGCUUCUCCGCGUCCUGUCAGACGACGUGAAAUGAAUGCAAUGCCCCCUUCCUUCCACAUGAUAAGGAUUGUUCUAUUUACUGUUUUAGUCAAAUAGGUUGGGGUCCAACUGCGCGCACUCACCUGGCUGGACCUUUCAUGAGUUCGAGUGGGUCGGAACUGGAGAGGUCCUCGCGCACCGGCCAUGACGCACUGGAUCGGUGUUUUCCUCGCGCUCGGAAUCCUGGAACGGGCCAAUGGGAGGCAUCCCACGUGCCACUUCUACUCUGAGGUGAAGGGAGCGGAGCUGGAGUGUCAGGAUCAGCUGGAGAGACACACCCUCGAGACCGCAGGCUGCCAGGGUGAGUGGAGCAGCAUACUGUGUUGGGAGUCUGUUCCAGUAGGAGAGGUGGUCACCCUCUUCUGUCCUGCAGCGGUGGUUCAUCUGUUUGGACUGAAUGGGACCAUCAGUAGGAACUGUACGGAGGCCGGCUGGUCGGACGUCUACCCCAGCAUGACCGACGUCUGCAUGUCCAACGACUCCAAACCUGACAAGUUGGUGUUCUACAUGGUGGUGAAGACUCUGUAUACCCUGGGCCACAGUCUCUCUCUCAUCGCUCUCAUCACCAGCACCACCAUCCUCUGUGUCUUCAGGAGACUCCACUGCACCAGGAACUACAUCCACCUCAAUCUGUUUGUGUCGUUCAUCUUGAGAGCCGUCGCCGUGCUGAUAAAAGAUGCUAUCCUCUUCUCUCCCAGCGAACACACCGACUGCAGCCUGCAGCCGUCGCUGGUGGGCUGCAAGAUCAGUGUGGCGUUUUUUAACUACUUUGUCAUGGCUAACUUCUUCUGGCUCCUGGUGGAGGGUCUGUACCUUCACACCCUGCUCCUGGUCAUCUCCCGCAACACCCCCCUCACUGGGUACAUGCUCAUAGGCUGGGGGUUGCCAUUAGUUUUUGUUGCAGCGUGGAUCAUCUGUAGGGUCUAUCUGGAGGACACUGGGUGCUGGGAGAGAAAUGAAUCCCUCAUUCCCAAUAGACUCCUUAACUGGCCGAUCAUGGCUUCUGUCAUACUGAACUUCUUCCUGUUCAUCAGUGUGAUCCGGAUCCUCAUCCAGAAACUCAACAGCUCAGAAGUGGGAGGGAACAACCAACCACAAUCACAAUACAGGCGCCUGGUGAAGUCGACCCUGUUGUUGAUCCCCCUGUUUGGGGUGAACUACGUGGUGUUUGUGUAUCUGGUGGAGGUGGACGAUGCCAGCAUGGAGGAUUAUAAGAUCCUGUUUGACCUGGGGCCUGGCUCCUUCCUGGGUCUUGUGGUAGCUAUUCUUUACUGCUUCCUCAACACUGAGGUCCAGGGGGAGCUAAGGAGGACGUGGAGGAGUGUGUCUCUAAAGCGCUACGUGGGGAGGGAGUACCGGCUACACGCCCCCUCCACCACCCUCAACGGGACCGACGGCCCAGCCCACUUCCCCCGCAACGCCAGAGCCCAGUCCAUCCUGCAGACGGAGACCACCAUGCUGUGAUUGGACGCUCGGCGACCGGGGACGUCACAUGGUGAAUCCCGGCACCAGGAACUGCUGUGUUCAUGAGCGACGGUGAUUCCUGAGGAGUCUUGAGAUAUCGCGGGUCGAGCUUCUUCUUCGUUUAAUCCGGUGACCCAUGUGACUACAGGAAGAGACACGGUCUCCAUGUCUGAGACGGCAGAAAGGGAGUUCAGAGGACGUUUUGGCCUCAUUUCAAAUGGGCUGUCAUGUGUCAUGUGGGUUAAACAAGACUGGACUUCUAGCCUUCCAUACACCCAGCGUACACAUUUACAUUUAGUCAUUUAGCAGACGCUCUUAUCCAGAACGACUUACAGUAAGUACAGGGACAUUCCCCUGAGGCAAUUAGGGAGAAGUGCCUUGCCCAAAGACACAACGUCAAUUUGCACGGCCUGGAAUCGAACCGGCAACCUUCUGAUUACUAGCCCGAUUCCCUAACCGCUCAGCCACCUGACUCCCAGUGCCUGGACCGCCGUGUCACAUCGUCAUGAACCAGGUGCCAUGAUCACACAGGUUUAGAUCCCGUGCUGUUGCCAUGUUCUGUGUCGUGUUCUGUGGUCCGUGCUGUUCGUGUUGGGGUCCAGCUCAUCGUCAUGGAGAGCCGAAGGCUCAGCUUUCACCAGUCAAGCCCUGUGGGGUCCGAUUGGUGUGGUACUGGUGGAGAGUGGUUGUCUGGGUUACUGCUAUGCUUGUAAAUGCUGCUUUUGGUGUGUACUGUGGUGUAGC